GUUUGUAUGUCAGAAAUAAAUUGACAGUCAGAGAAUCGUGUAAUUUCCGAGUAGUAUAGUUUGUUAACAAAAUUUUCGAAUUUCCCGGUAAUGAAAACAAUGUUGAGAUGGCUGAGACAAUCGCGCAAGCUGUACAACAUUUGCCUCUUAGAAUCCCGGCGAGCAAUGAACAGUAGCAACAGCAAUGUCACCGGCAUCAAUGCGUUCGUUGAGAAAGGAGAUCUGCGGACUGGAUCCGUAAAUGUUUUGCCCCGUUCCAAGUAUGGUGGCAUCACCCAUGCCACACUCUUGACCGGCGACACGAUCAUUGGUCAAAUGGGCGCCAAAUAUGUGGAGUCACUGCUGAGCAGCGCUCGAGUGCCAGUUGCUGUGCAAAAGAUCAGUGUGGACAUGGGUGAGGAAUACUUCAAUUCUGUGCUACGCAAUCGAGCUGCUGUCCAUGUGGAUAUUGUGCACGAUGCGGAGCAUAAGAAGAAAUCCCUCAAGAUUUGCAAUGAUCUCGAUUUGCAUGUGUUCAUCACGAACGUGCGCAGCUUUCCGGGCUUCAAAUGCCUCUUUCCCGAUGUCAACAUACUGUUGAUAGCCCAAAACAAUAUGGGCAACUAUGCUGAGUUGGAGUACUCGCCAGUCAAGGGUGUCGUCGAGGGACUGCACGUCGUCACCCGCGAGAAUAUCGAGCGUUUUCUGCGCUACGCCUUCAAGGUGGUCAUGUCGAGGAAACGCAAAAAGGUCACCCUGGUGCACAAGUCCCAGGAGUAUCCAAAGACCGAAGGUGUGCUGCUUGAUUGUGCUUAUAAGCUGCAGCAAGAGGAAUAUCACGAUAUCGAACUGCAGCCAAUGGAGAUGGGUAAAUGCGUCAGCCGUUUGAUCUUGGACCCCAAGCAAUUCGAUGUGAUCGUCACCAGCGAUCUCUAUGGCACAUUUAUGGCCACCAUUUGUAGCUCGAUUUGUGGCGGUGCCAAUCUCUUUUCGGCCAUUGAGAUCGGUGACAAUCAUGCGGUAUUCAAGCCGCUGCAAACCAAAUUAUCGCUCACCAACUACAAGGUGCUCAGUCCCUAUGGCAUUGUGGCCACCUGUGUGGAUCUCAUGUACUAUCUGGGGCAUGGAGUGUGCGCCAGGGCGCUGUGGAAUGAGAUGUUGCGAACGAUGCGGGAGGGCGUGAAAACGGGCGAUUUCGAGGGUUCGGAUCGUGGCGAGUAUAUCAUAUGCAACAUUAUGAAUAAGUUGCGUUGCAACAUGUUUGGAGUUCCCGAUAAUCCAGAGGAUUAAGAACGUGGAAACAACAAUCUAUUGAAAUUUAAUUUAAUUUUUUUUUUUAAUUUGGAUACAUACAAAUUAACAAAAUAUUCGUUUACAGUUCGUCUGUUCAAUGAAUUCAACUCUUAAGGCUAAAAAUUGCGUCUCAAGUUCGAGCUCUUGCGCUUAAGUGAAAUAAAAAAGAAUUUAAUUUAA